AUGCAACUGCUUUGGUAUUUCCUCAGCUUAGCACUACCAACAAUCACCUAUGCAAUAAAUGCAAGGAACAUAGGUGGUGAUUUACUAAGCCCAGAAUGUCUUGUCAUCGAGAUCGUGGUCGAGGUGUUGCUGGCUAGUCCUGAGGCUACCGAAUUCUGCGAAUCGUUCCUUGCUCCGACGACUACCAUCUCCAAGACAGUCACUGAGACGUCCUCUAGCUGUGCCUAUAAAUAUGCUGCGGCUCGGACACAGAAAAAUGCAGCUCCGCAGAUCACAUCUGAGCCCGAUCGAAGCCUCGCCACACCUGCAGUAUUACAAGGGCUUCCUAGCUCGGAAAUCAGCCAAGCUUGCUCCUGCAUUGACAUCCCGGCAUCCGACCUGACAACACGCACGCAUACCCAGACGGCAACCUCGACGACCAAGCUCUGUCCGAUUCCAACGACAUGCGGAAAUGAGGGUAUGCAGUGGGCAUAUUACCAGCCACCAUCUAUCCCCUAUAAUUAUAACUGCAAUGGGGGAUAUAGUUGGGAUCCAACAGCAAUCAAGGAUAUGACUCCUUCAUACAAUAGUACAACAACAUACAUCGGCUUAAUCGAUGAUGGAACCAGUGACAUCUCGAUCUACGGCUCAAAUCAGCAGUUCAACUCGCAAUUCUUCGCCCUGAAUCAUCGAGGGUAUAUCUAUGCCGAAGUGUCUGGAGACUACACUUUCAACACACCCGGUGUAGACGACAUUAACUUCUUCUGGUGGGGUCCUGAUGCAUACUCGGGAUGGACAGAAUCAAACGUCAACGCAAGUAUUGCGUGCUCUGGUACUUCAGCAACGGUCAACGUGACGCUGCUCUCAGGGCAAUAUUAUCCGAUUCGCUUUAUCUUUGCUAAUGCUGAAGAAAAUCUCGUUGAGGUGAUGUCUAUCACUGCCCCCGAUGGCACGGUCAUCCUCGAUGCAAACUCUACGGGUUCACCUUAUAUUGUGCAGUAUUCCUGUGACGGCACCUCGGCUAAGCCGUACCCUUUAUUCGGACAGGAGACAUAA